AUCAAUCCAUCAGUCAGUCAAUCUAUCAAUCUCGGGUCAUUCAUUGCCUCCAUUCUCCAUUUAGGAAGAGAAAACUCAAGAGAACCAGUGGAUUCAGUGGUGGCGUUCAUCCAUCGAUUGUUGCGAUUGGGCCUGGGAUCCCGUCUCGCAAGAUGAAUGUGGAAUGGGAGCUGUCCAGGAGAACAUCCAGCCUUUGAAGGCCGGGCGGAAAGCGGCCGCCUUGGAGUUGUCGGUGGCUGGCCCGGCGGCCCAUCUGGAUCCGAGCGACAAAGGCAACGACGCCAACGCCAAAACUAUUUUGAGGGCGAAAUCCGUCGAUCGGAUCUGUCCGACCCGCUGGGCGUGUGGUGCCAAUACGUGGACUGGAUCGAGCAAACCUAUCCCAAGGGCGGGCCCGAGGCCAACCUUAAGUUGGUGCUCGAGCAGGCCAUCAAGACGUUCAAGAACGAUUCCGAGCAGAACCAAGAUCCCCGCUAUUGCCAGAUCUGGAUCAAAUAUGCACAUUUAUCCCAAGCUCCCUUGGAAAUGUUUGACUUCAUGUGGAGCAAUCAACUCUGCGUUAGUGUGCCCGACUUCUACGUUAGUUGGGCGUGGCAGCUCGAAAGUGCUGGUAAUUUUAAGAAGGCCGAAAAGGUCUUCAAUCAGGGCCUGAAGCGGGUUGACCCCAAGGACGGGGCCCGCGAGCGGGUCGAGCGCCAGUACCACCUCUUCCAGGCCCGCGUGCUGCAACACACUUUGCAAGAGCCUCCGCCCGCCCAGGACCCGCCGCCACCCGCCACCGAAGAGCGCGCCGUCUUGGCCUCGUUGCGCGGUCACGGCAAAAGCCAGAAAGUGGGCUCACUCCGCAUUGGGCCGGCCAAAAUGUCCGACCGACCCGGACCAUUGGCCUCGGGCCCGCCCGAAGAACCUCCACCCUCGAAUAAUGGACGGAAAUUGCCUUUUGCCAUUCACACGGACGAAAACGAUCCCGCUGUCUCGAACUUCAAUCAGCCCAUCGUACCGUCGCACGCCACGGGCGAGAACUUGCCCUUCAAGAAGGAUCAAAACCGCGAGAACGAGCUCAAGGCCGGAAAAUGGACCCAAAAGGGCGGCGUGAUUGGACGCAAAUCCGAAGCCGUACCGUUAGACCAGAUCGCGAGCAAGCCCGCCUUUGCCAUUCACCAAGAUGAGUGCGACCCGUUAGGCUCAGGCCCCGUCUCAGGCACCUCGUCGACCGCGACCUCAGGAGCCGUCAAUCCUACCGAUAGCCGCGUGCUAUCCGUCAAGAAGAAGGAGGACCUCAACCAUGGCGACAUCCCGUUGGCCAUCUUUGAGGAUCCCGACCCGUCCAAGCAUCCCAUGUACUGCAAGCACUUGGUCUACCAAGGCGGCACAGAAUUUAGUUUCGAGGAGUUGCGCGCUCUCAAAUGGCGGAAACGUCGCCAAGAGCUCCAAGACGAAGCCGUGGCCCUGGAGGAACGACGACGCAUCCUCCAAGAGAUCGAGGCCCAACGUAUCGCCUUGAAAGAGGAGCAAGAGAGCUUCCAACGUAUGCAAGAGCAGUCCCGCCAUCAGCAACGGGAACGUGAACUCGAGCUCAAACGAUGGCAGGAAACCGUCCAGAGCCAAGAGCAGGAGUUCAAGGACAGCCAAACCAAGGCCAUGGAGCGGCAGCAGAUGGAGAUCCAGCUCUUGAAGGACACCCUCGAGCGACAACAGAUCGAGUUCCGGCGAUCUCAGGAGGAGAUGAUGCGCUCUCUGCAGGCCAAUAAGACGGCUGAGCAGAAGAUCUGGAACGAAUCCAUGGUCAAGAAGGUCAAGAGCACGGCUGAUGGAUCGUCGUCAUCGUCAAUUCGCCAUGAGGAUCCCAAGACAGUCCCCACGGAAUCCACAUCAUCCUGCUCUGCCUCGCUUUUGGAUGACACGGCCAGUUUGGUGAACGCCAAUCCCCUGGGUAAAAGAUCGUCGGGUGGGGCCGUUGAGAAAUCUCGCUCUCAUCAUCAACCUCAUGAAACUAAUAAGGAUGGUGUGAAUCGCUUAAAUUCGCAACGUACACCUCCACGAGAGUCGUCGGAGAAUUCGGCGGCCAAUGCCUUUGUCCAACCAUCGCCCACCAUCAACACCAAAGAGGCGUUCAACUUGAUGAAGCAGAUGUGGGGCAAUCCCACGCCUCAACCGCCCACCUUGAUUCAAUCGGACAAAGAGUCGCCUUUCCGGAAAAAGGCCAAGACCUCGUUCCCCAUCUACACGGACGAAAACGUCCAAAUGCCGCCACCGCCGUCCAGUUCGACCCGCACCAAAUCGUCUUCCGGCACGCCUUUUCCCAUCUUUGUCGAAGAGGCCACGCCCACGUCAUCUGCCUCCGCCUCAUCCACAGCCAAAUCGAAAACCGAUUUCCGCGUGUACACGGACGAAAAUGCCCCGAUGUCCAGUGGAAUCAAAGUGAAACCCACUUUCCCGGGCUUCCAAAGCCAAAAAGUGGACCCGGAAUGCAAGGAGAACAUCCCGCCCCCGGGAACGGAAUUGCCGGCUGUGCCUUCGGAAAUGCGCGAGAAGGCCGGCAUCCUCCAACUGGCCAAGAAUGUUCCUUUCAUUCCGUUGGACAUCCAGGAGGAGCAAGCUCUCCAAGAAGAUCAAGAGGAUAGCGGCAACGACCAGGACGACCACGACCAGGAAAAAGGUCCAAGAAGUCCCUUAUCACUAGAGCGCUUGCCGCCUCGUCCUCCUCCUCCUCAGUCAUCAUCCAACAAUCAUAAACUAGCCUCGAAUCCCAAUAUGACCCUAGCCCUGCCCACCAUGGAGGCUUUCGAGGAGAUGGCUCAAAGGGUGUCCACGCCCUAUCAUGGUCGCCAUUACACGCCCACGCACGAGGACGAUGAUGGCGACACUUGUGCCGUGGAGAUCGUGUUCAAGAAGCCAGCCGACAAGAAACCCGCCGCCCAGGUCGAAUCCUCCAAAUCAAUCCCCUCUCCCGAUCAGACCCAAGGCAAUGGAACGGCUCCUUCAGAGCCAGAACCCACCCAACCACCGCCCAUCAAUCCCCUCUCACCCAUCAUGGAGACUUCGCGCGAACACAACUACAAGAGCUCGUCGUCUUCGGGCCAAUCCAUGAUGAUGGCCCAUCAGUCCACCAACAAAUCCCAUUGGGGCAACACCAAUCUGUUCCAACCCCGCGAUGCCGGCCUCACCACCACACAACAACACAUGAAUGUCACAGAUGCGCGAACCCCCGGAGGAGGGCUAGGCCUGCUCUCAAAAUCGUCGGUCAAAGCCCACCCGGAAAUGACCGUGUCCUCGGGCUACAUUGCCGACAAUAGCUCGGCUCGCACGCCAGGGUACCCGUUGAAAGCGGACAAGAAACCGCUGCUUACCCCGGUCCAGCCUCCCAUCCAGACUCAAGCGUCCAAGCCCAUGAUGCUCAAUCGAUAUCAAGGCGAGGAGGACGAGGAGGACGAAGAGGACGAAGAGAUGACGGGCUGUGUGAACAUCCUGGCCCAGUUCAAGAAGGAUGCCGGGAUCGCCUCCACCUCCAAACCCGCGCAGCGCUCAAUGCUGGACCAUUCUAAAGCACCCACAUCGCAAGCGACGACGAUGAUGAUGAAUGGUCGGUCCUUUGCUCAGGACAGUCUGAGAGAAGACGAGUCCAUUUUGCGGGACGUCGAGAAGGCCUCGUUUUUAGUAGCUCCCCCCCAGUCCUCUCAUCAACGAUCUCAUUUACCUACACCACAGACGCCGUCUCUAAUGUUGAGCAUGGCCUCAUUUCGGAACGACAACGAUGUGUCCGCGUUCCGCCCAUCCAAUUGUGGCCCAGAACUCGAAGUUAGUCCCGCUUUGGAAACUAGUCGCUCUUCGUCCAGCCCCGCCCCGAAUUUGGAUUUCACGGAUUUGGGUCAAGACGUGGAGGUGACUGCUCCCGCCCCUAAACUCGAGGAUACCCAACAGGCUGACGAUUGCCGUCGCUCGACGGCUUUCUCAGGCGUGACUUCCCAAUUGAAGACCUUGGACUUGAACGCCGUCCAGGAUCCCUUUGACGAGGACUUGAAGCGGAGCCUGUUAUCAAAUCUGACCGUACCCGUGGCCAAACGGCACGGCUAUUAUCGCGUGUACUCACCCGUGCCUCAGAUCAAGCCCAAUCGGGAAGUCCAGAUCGGCCACAACAGCUUCCUCGUGGGAUCCUGUCAAGGCGAGGGAUCCUACGGUAAAGUGUUCAAGGCCAUGAAGAAGGAGGAUGCCAAUCCCAACGAGACCAUUGCAGACAUGGAUGUGGUGCUGAAGGUGCAGAAACCGGCCUCCGAGUGGGAGUUCUACAUUUGUUCCGAGAUCCAUCAGCGUCUCCGAGAUUGCCACCAAGACCAGAAUCGUUUCAUGACCAUCCCACGAUGCUUCAAUUUCGAUGACGGCAGCGUUUUCGUGUCCGAGCACCAACAAGCCACUCUACUGGACGUGGUCAAUGCCAUGACCAAUGGCUUGGCCAAAUCCAUGUUUGAGACCGUGGCAUUGUAUUACCUCCACGAGAUGCUCACCAUAGCCCAGCAGCUCCAGACAGUCCAAAUCGUACAUGGUGACAUCAAACCGGACAAUUUUCUGAUCCCUGCCUUUCCAUCCAUUAAUGAGGACGCUCAAUCCGGAGCUGAGGUGUUUACAACCCAAUCGAGAUUGCCCACUUUACAAUUGAUCGAUUACGGACGGAGCAUCGACAUGAGUCUCUUCCCCGUAGGCACAACCUUCACCGAGGUAUUUCAAACCCAAGACCUGAGAACGCCCGAGAUGCUCAGGGGGCGGCCAUGGUCCUAUCAGUUGGACUUCUUUGGCAUCGCCUCCACGGCCCACGUUCUCCUCCAUGGAAGCUAUUUGAAAUUGGCCCAAAAAUCCGAUGACAACGCCUUUUUCGCGCCCCAAGCCCCGUUGAAAAGGUGGCACGAUGGGGAGUUUUGGCGCGACUUCUUUGACGCCUUUCUGAACGUCCCCAGUGUAGCCGAGUUGCCGAACUUGCCGGAAUGGCAAUCACGAAUCGCCGAUCUGGUCUUCCGCAAGAAAAUCCGCAACUUUUCCGAGGUCGUGAGCAACAUGAGUUUGGCCAUGCGUCGAUAACGUCGAUAGCAAUUAUGAUACUGAUGUGGAAAAUGAUGUGUCGUCACUCAUGACAGAGAAGGCCCUUGUUCGUCAAGAAAUGUAAAUUGUAUCCAUAUGACUCAUCAUUCCGAGAUGUUUGUAGUGUUUCUUGCGCAAUAAAGCUAACUAGAACAAUACCCCCAAACACA